GACAAAGGCGAGCACCAGCGCAGCAGCUCAGAAACUCAGGGAAGGGAGGCGUGCAACCUUCGUCAGGGUCCGCGUACUCGAGUCGCUCUCGACAUGGAGACCUGCACGCACCUUUUGCUCCGCGCACUCUUCGCUCUAGCAAUAUUUGUUGGGCGGAGUGAUGGAAUCCAAGUGUCAUUCAACUCGGAGCCGGCCGAGGCGCAGGACGGUCUGUCCACGUCGACGGAGGAGCCCGGGGGCCGGGCGCGGAGGCUCGUGGCGCCCACGCACUACCAGUUCUUCUUGUUCAACGGCAUCCACCGCUAUCCCCAGCAGCAUCAGCAGCAACAGCCGCUGCCUCUCCUUGCCCAGGAAGACGGCGGUGUGCGUGUUCCAUUGCUGUUGUCGCUGUCGCCAGUGGCGCCGCCGAUUCAGGCGCCGCCUUUGGUGAAGGAGGCGAAGAAGAAGGCCAAAAAGUCGGGAAAGGGUGCACCGGGCCGGCCGGGGGUUGAUUACCCCACCUACAGAACCAUCCCGCAGACCAAUUUCGACUGCGCCACCCAGCGGUACAAGGGCUUCUUCGCCGACCCCGACACUCAGUGCCAGGUGUGGCAUUACUGCGACCUGAACGGCGGCCAGGCGUCGUUCCUGUGCCCGAACGGCACCAUCUUCUCGCAGGUGCUGCUGACGUGCGACUGGUGGUUCAACGUGCGUUGCAACUCGUCGCUGCAGGCGUACGUGUUGAACGAGCGGCUGUACAAGUUCAUCACGCCGCUGAAGCCCUCCUUCCCUGAAGACUUCGAGGGGCCGCAGGUGGACGAGUACCUGGCGGAGAAGCAAGACGAGCUCAGGGCAAAGGAGCAGGCCCGCUUCCAGCGCCUCAAGAACAAGCACAGGCACAACGAGUUUGAGGACGUGGACGAGCUGCAGGCGCUGCUGGACAAGAUGCGUGCCAAAGAGGAGCAAAAUAAUAGUAAUUAAUCCGGAUGGGGUGGGCAGAACCACACACUAGCCCCCUCUCUGAUACUGGAAGUCUGGUACUGAAAAUAAUUGAAUGGUAGAUGAUUUUGAAAGAUUUAGACUAUAAAAGUUAUCAACUCCAGUUUUCAGAAAGGGGCUUAGCAUUAAAACAGGCCAUUUGAAAGUUUAAAGCCCGGAAUUAAAGGGGAGAAAUUAGUUUGCUGAAUAUUUUCAAAUUUGGCUGCAGUUAUAAUUAUAAAACCUAAAUAAAUUAUUCAGCAAUUUAAACGUCGAGAGUCAGACGGACUUGUAGUCGCACAAACCAAUUUUGCAACCUCAUUAGAUGUGCAUUUACCGUAAUCAUUAUACACUUCAUAUUCAUUCGUUUUUCAUCUUUGUGAAUAAGCGUGUAGAUCAACUGAUAGAAGUUUAGUUUAUUUCUAGGCAUUAUUACUUUAACCCAAACUAACCUUGAUAUGAUUUUCAUUUUUUAUAAAAGAGCGAAAUGUUGUUUACAUUCAUUUUCACCGUUGUUUAUGUCUCACUUUUGGAAUCUAGUCAGAUAGGAUGACCGUGCGUGUGCGCGCCAAACAAUUUUUUACUUGCAUUACGUUAUUGUUCCCACGAGAUCCAAUAAAACGAAUGCUGAAAACUGGUU